AUGCACACAUCCUUUCCUUGGACGGGAGCGUUGGGAGCGUCGGUGGAGUUGGAGGAGUUGGAGGAGCUGGAGGAGCUGGAGGAGCUGGAGGAGCUGGAUGAGCUGGAGGAGCCAGAGGAGGAGGUAUUACUCGCCUGUGAUGCAUCGGGACGCAGCCCCUGUGUGACGCAACCCGAUGCCCUCAACAUGAUCGGUGCCUUCUAUUGCUUGCUUCUUCAAGAGCGCGAGGCGCGGCAGGUGGAGGCUGAAAGGACUACAUUACUCGUCAAAACCGUCAAGAUGAUGCAGCGCGAGAUCAUAUCGCUCCAAGCACGUCAAGAGAAGGAUAUUGCUAAGAGCACGCACGCCGAAUGCAAAAAUGAACUUUCUGCCAAGCGUCACAAGAGCUUAGAGGAUGGAACUGAGAAGCGUGCUAAAAGGCGGCCCAAGUUCAUCGACAUGCUUGGUCCAGAGCACGGAGCUGCUCUGCAAUCCUUCACGGGAGCGCUUUUACUACUAGCUCGCCUACGUAACCCACCAGCUAACUGGGCUGAUGCCAUGGCUUUCCACUACUUGCGAGGCUUAUUGGAAUGGAGCUGUAUCAAACUUGCGUGA